AUGGGGAAUGGGCUGCCUCCGCUCUUCGACGGCUGCUUCUUCUACCUGCUCGGAUCGUUCACAACCCCGAGAGACGAGCUGGUGCAGCUGGUGAGGGCCGGAGGAGGCCAGAUGCUCAGCCGGCAGCCCAAAGCCGACAGCGACGUGACCCAGACGGUGAUGGCGGCGGCGUACCACGCUCGGCCCGACUCAGAUCAGGCGUUCUGCACUCACUACGUCCUGUACGAUCCGCAGAGCUCCAGCAGACCCGGGCCGGUCCGUCUGGGCAAAGUGUGGUCAGCUCCUUCAUCAUGGCUGCUGGACUGCAUCAGGGCCUUCAGCAUGCUUCCUGUGCCCGAGCUCUGACUCGAUCUUUACGCCCGUGUACGUUGAGCUCGACCGACAGGACGCACACAGCGAAUGUAAACGAUCGGCGCCGAUCUUCUGUGUUGCCGAGUAAAGCUCGACACGUCUCAUUUAUCUCUCUUUCACUACGUAUAUAUUUGUGUGGAAAUAAGUUCUUUCAUUAAACAAACUCAAACGAUUGACUUCAA